UCCAAAUUUGGAAGGCGCCGGAAGUAGACGUGGGGUGGAGGGCGCGGGUAGGGGAGCUCAGGGGGCAGCUGUAGCUGCCUGGGCGCCCGGCUGCGCCCGCGAGCCUCAGUGCUACCCUGGCCCGGCCCGUCCACAAGGCUUCACAACAUGGACUUCCGGGACAUCCUGAUGGUAGCGUCGGAGCAGCAGGGACUCAACAUCAUCCCGAAAAGAUACAGUUUGGCAGUCGGUCCUCCUAAAAGAGAUCCCAAAGUCAAGGGCGUCCAGUCAGCAGCAGUGCAAGCUUUUCUGAAGAGGAAGGAAGCAGAACUAAGGCAAAAAGCUUUAGAGGAAAAGAGGAAAAAGGAGGAACUGGUGAAAAAACGCAUUGAACUAAAACAUGACAAAAAAGCAAGAGCCAUGGCAAAGCGGACAAAGGACAACUUCUAUGGCUAUGAUGGGAUUCCCCUUGAAGAGAAGUCAAAGAGGAAGCAGGUCAUCGAGGGAGCCACGGGCCACAGAGCAGACCAAGAACGCUUGGAUGAGGAAGAAGCCGAACCUUCGGAAUAUUGUCAGACAGAGUCAGAGCAUGAUGAAUCAGAGGAGUACGAGGAGCAGGAACCCCCACUGAAGGCUGUAACCAAACCAAAGGCCCCCCUCAAAAGUGCUCCUCCCCCUAUGAACUUCACAGACUUACUCAGGCUGGCUGAGAAAAAGCAGUAUGAACCCGUGGAGAUCAAGGUAGUAAAGAAAGUAGAGGAGCGGCCAAGAACUGCAGAAGAACUGAGGGAAAGAGAAUUCUUAGAACGAAAACACAAAAACAUAGAUCGAGGAAAAGAGAAAAAGAUGCUUGAAAGAGAAAAAAGGCUAGCUCCUCCAACUGUGUCUAAAAAGAUUUCUUCCCCAAAAGAGAGUGUUAGCGCAAGACACAAAGGUCCCGGGGACAAACAUUCCUCUUCCAGGGGGAACCACCUUCCCCAAAUUGGUGCUGAGAAAAAAUCUAGACCUCUUGCAACCAGUGAGAAACCUAUGAGACUGCCAUCCACUAAGUCCCAGCCAGGGGAAAGGACCAAAGCAGAGUCUGGAGACGGCUUCCAGCACUCCCCAAGUGAAAGCCACCACCUCUUGCUUAAUGGGGCAGGGAAGUCCCGCUCUAGCUCUCAUUCUAUGGGCACAGGGAUCUCAAAGACUGUAGUUCGUGUUACUCAAAAUUCCAAUGAGCACAGGCCCCCCAAGUCCCCUUCUACCCAUCCUAGCCAUUCCAAGUCUGGGGCUACGUCUACUCCACAUGACAAGACAAGAAAUUCAGGUGCCAAGCAACCAGGGAACAACAGUUCUAGCUCCACUUCAGCACGGCCAGGCAUAGGGACAUCUCGACCGACCCUGAGCCCAAGCCCUAGGAGACAUGGUGGCAGUUCCAGCUCAGGAUCUGAACAGCAAACUAAUGGAUCCAAACGUUUGAUCAGUGCUUCAGGCCUCCCUGACCGACCUGUGAGUGGCUCAAGUGGCCGUGGGCAUCCUACAAGCAAUUUAGGAAGCUCUGGCCGGCAAGUCAGUAGUACAAGCUCUACUGGGCGGACUGUGACCCAACUUGGGCGACCUGUCAGUGGUUCAAGUGGCCCUGGACGACCCAGCUCAGGUGGCCCCGGGCGACCCGCCAGUGGCUCAGCUGGCCCCGGGAGACCCGUCAGUGGCCCCGGGCAACCCACCAGCAGCUCGGCUGGCCCUGAGAGACCCGUCAGUGGCCCUGGGAGACCCGUCAGCGGCCCUGGGAGACCCGUCAGCGGCCCUGGGAGACCCGUCAGCGGCCCUGGGAGACCCGUCAGCGGCCCUGGGAGACCCGUCAGCGGCCCUGGGCGACCCGUCAGCGGCCCUGGGCGACCCGUCAGCGGCCCUGGGCGACCCGUCAGCGGCCCUGGGCGACCCGUCAGCGGCCCUGGGCGACCCGUCAGUGGCCCUGGGCGACCUGCCAGCGGCCCUGGGCGACCUGCCAGCGGCCCUGGGCGACCUGCCAGCGGCUCAGCUGGCCCCGGGAGACCUGUCAGUGGCCCUGGGAGACCCAUCAGCAGCUCAGGUGGCACCGGGAGACCCAUCAGCAGCUCAGGUGGCACCGGGAGACCCGUCAGUGUCUCAGCUGGCCCUGGGCGGACAGUAAGUGGUUCAGGCCCCCCUGUGAAGCCCAGGUGUACAGUUGUUUCAGAAACUAUCUCUUCCAAGAAUAUCAUUAGCCGACCCAGCAAUGGGAUGAUGAAUGGGAUGAGGUCCCCUCCACCUGGCUACAGACCUGCAGUAUACACACAAGGUACUCAGAGGUCUCCAUUUCCCCCUAUGGCCCGGAAACGGUAUCUUGAGGAAGAUGAAGAUGAGGAGUAUGACUCAGAAAUGGAAGACUUCAUUGAUGAUGAAGGAGAGCCUCAAGAAGAAAUAUCAAAACAUAUUCGAGAAAUCUUUGGCUAUGACCGUAAUAAAUACAAAGAUGAGAGUGAUUAUGCCUUACGUUACAUGGAAAGCAGUUGGAGAGAGCAACAGAAAGAGGAAGCCAAAAGCUUGAGACUAGGUAUGCAAGAAGACCUUGAAGAAAUGAGACGUGAAGAAGAGGAACUCAAGCGCCGGAAAGCCAAGAAAAUGAAACUGCGUUAGCUGCAGGUUUUUACCAUUGGGAGAAAACACUGAGAACUCUCUACAGACUGGGAAAAAAAAACCUUUCUCCCUUUGGUUUUUAUUUGGGGACUAGUUAAGGAGAUAUGUAAAGGAAGCACUGGAAAUUAAGGCUGUGGUGUGAACAGAAAGUAUUUAUUUUUAAUACUUGCCAGGGUUAAAUCUGUAUUGCAGAUGAGAUGUAAUAUUCAUUUGAAUGUUUAUAUGAAAUUAGCUGUUCAAAGAUGCCAGCAAUGAUAUUGAUGAGCUAUGCACACUGAUGUGGGGGGGGGGUCCACUCACCAGUUGUUAGCUAGUCACCUGUUAUUUAUUUGACACUUCAAAAUCAAGUGAGGAUUAUUGUUCUGUUUCCAUAUUUGCUGCCCAGAUAUAUGGGUAGGACAUCCCUAAACCAAUAAGAUCAUGUCAUAGGCUUCUCUUAAUAGUAACCUGUAAUGUCAGUCUUUUCCACGAAUGUUGCCAGCAAUAAAGGAAUCCGCCCUGGCUUAUGUAUUUGAGAAUCCUGGGGUCUUAAAAUAAUAAUUCAACAGUGCAGAAUAGGUUCGUGAUUUCAGAAUGGCUGCUAUUCCUGUGAAUUUGAAAUAAAAAUGUUAUAAAUUAGCUUGGACUCCACGUUGUCCAAGGAUUGGGAUGCUGAGCAUUUUCAAUCACAAAAUCGUAUGUAGUAUGAGUUAUGCCUCUUUACCCAGUUUUCUUUACAGUUUUCUUAUGAUUACCCUGGUUCUAAGCCAAGAUAAAGUAGAAAAGGUCACUGUGUAGACUGAUUUUAUUUUUGAAAAUCCACUUUUAUAUUGAAGAAAGAGUAUUCCUAAAUAAAGGAGUUCCUUUAUUCCAACGUUAGAUUUGGGAGCAUUAUAUCUAAAAUAGAAGCUAAAUAUGGCUUGGUUUUCCCUUCCAAGGUGCACUUUUAGUGCCUCUCAGUAUUAAAAAUUUGCAUUAAAUAACUUAGUACUAAAAUGUAAGUUUUAUAUUGAAAACAUCACUUCUUUUGCCAGCAUUGCACCUUUAUUUCAAGCUAUGCACUGUGAAGAAAGCCCACAAAAUCUUUCUCCUGGCAUUGCUUUCUUACUAAGCUGAUGGAUAAUUUCACUCAUUUUUGUCUAUCUCACCCUCCAUCCCUCAAGUCCAUAUGUUGUAUGUUUCGAGCCACCUUUUCACAUAUUUCUAGCAAGAAGACUUAGCUUCCAACGAUUCACUUGAAAGUAUCAAGAAGUCAGCAAGAGAGUUGAAACAUCAAAUAAUGUUCUAGAGGAAAAAAGCCAGGACUUUAACCUGUUAACUGAAAGUGGUGGAACAUUGGCAGCACAUCUGCUUGUAGAACUCAUUCUCCAUUAACCUGUAUUGCCACUAAGGGACAGGGCGGGGGUUGAGGUGGGAGUCCUGUGAGGGUUCUUGGUCAUCAUUACAUUCAUUUCUGUGAACAGAACUUUCUGUGUAUAUCCUUUGAUUCCCCACACCUUCCUUUUAGUCUUCCUCCUAAGCAAAGAGCAUAAAGGACCUGUGUUUCUCUCCUAGCCAAUAAAUAGAUUGUAGCCAUAUAUUAGCAUCACUUAAUGGGGCCAGAUGAUUCUGUUUACAGAUUAGUUUGCUCAAGGUGAGUUCCUUCUGAACUAUGAGUACACUGAUGUUAAUUUUGCUGUGGUUGUUAUAAAGUUAGGCAGACCAGUGCCUGAGCUGCAUAAUUAAAAGUAAAUCUUUAAGGGCAGCUAGGUGGUGCAGUGGAUAGAGCACCGGCCCUGGAUUCAGGAGGACCUGAGUUCAAAUCCAGCCUCAGACACUUAACACUUACUAGCUGUGUGACCCUGGGCAAGUCACUUAACCCCCAUUGCCUCACCAAAAAAAAAAAAAAAGGUAAAUCUUUGAAAGAUGUUUCAUUUGGACCUGGUAAAAACUAUGCAUUUUCUUUGUUAUUAGAAAAACAUCCAUUCAUCUUUUCAUUUAGAACAUUUAUGAAACGCUGAUGGCAUAAAAUCCUGGUGGCUCCUUUUUACUCUCCUCCAUGCAAAAGCCACAAAGACGACCAGUGCAGCUGGUUCAAAAGACAUCUGAGGUUGUUCCUGUUACACUGAGAUUAUUGAGAUGUUGUUUACCUUACCAUCACUUCUGUGUUCACGGUGCAUGUUUCAUACUUUUUUUUUUCCUCUCAUUGUUUGUUUUCCACAUAGACUUGUAAAGUAUUGAGACUCUGGAACAGUAUACUACAAUACUGACAAAUUGUUAGUGGCUUUUCAUUUUAGAUUAUGAACUUUUACUUAGUGUUUUUGUGCAGUUAUUACAUACAGUAGAAAGAAGCCCAUCAUGUAGGCUCUUGGAUUUGGUUCAAUUGCAACAAGUUACUACUCUUCCUUGUAUAUGGGAAUGUACAUAGCUCUCUUUGUAACAUGGUCAGCUUGUGAGGCAGAUUUCAGUCUUGCCCCUCUCAACACCAGCAUUACAAUAGGGUGCUUCAGCUACCAACUAAUGUAGUUCCAAGAAGGCCUUGGGGUUUGUAUUCAUCUUGACUGUUUCUAAGUCUUGUCUGCUACUCACCAGAAAAUUAAUUUUAAGUCAGCCUGGCAAACUGCGAAAAGCUUAUGUACCUUGAGAAGCUAAGAAACCAGAAUAGGCUGUUAUUCGUAAAGGGUCAUGCAUCAAGUGUUUGAUUUUAAUGUAUGUUCUACUUUUUUUGAUUUGGGUAUUUUUAUUCAAUAUUUGAAGAUGUGCCUUUUUAUUAGGUAAAGUUAAUUUGUGAAUGUAGUAAGUACUAAAACCAUAAUGGGUGCAGCAUUUCUGAAAUUAAUAAUGUGAAAGUAGUUUUCAUAAAACCCCAGUGUGGCUUUGAUUGCACAAUUACUGUCUAUGCUGUUGCUAAGUCAAAGUAAGGGCACUUUCUAUUCAAAGCUACUUCCAGAAUUUGUCUUUGUCUUUGUAUACUGUAAAUGUAAUGUAAUGUCCACUUGGAGGCCAGGGUACUGCACAUCACAGGCAGCCUUAGAUAAUGAAGACUGUAUGCUGUGAAGGAGUGGGAGUUGGAGGAGUAUAUCAGAUUACCUGUCUAUGAGAAGCUGUUAAUUUUUUAUGUAAAUCUGAAGAUUUUCUCCGAGAAAGAAUUAUUUUUAUUCUGUUUUGCAUUUUGUAAUUUAAAAGUGGCUGCAGAACAUUUCUGAAGUUAUAGUAGGAGACCAAAACACACUUGGAAAGAGAAUAAAUAUAUGAAGAGAGACUGGUUGUUUUAUUUUCAAUGUUUGAAUGUAUCAGAUUAACCAUUUGGUGAGUGGACAUGAUGCAAUAUGUUUGUAUAAUUGAGGGUAGCCCUAGAUUUUCUUUGAGGUUAUUGUUCAAAAAUCAUUGUGUCUUUAACACAAUGUGACAAAUCAGGUAAAAAAACAAAAACCCUUUUACAUAGCUGUCUUUUUUGGUGCCGUUGAAGUGCGAGAAUACUUUGCACAUGCAGAGAAUAUAGGUGAAAGUUUUUUCAAUUGAUGUAUAAAAGAAAUUAUAGGUAUUAAAAUUUUUAUUUAUA